UAAAAUCGUAGAUGAAACCAAACCAUAUCUGGAAAUGACUAUCAAGUAACUUGGUAAUUAUUACCUACGUGAUAUGGCAGGUGCACUAACCCACUCCCCGUACCAGACUACUGUAUAUAAACCAAGUCAAAUAGGAGCAGGACACCCAACAGUACCAUUACUUAAAAGAUUUCAGAUUGGAAGCGACUGCUGUUCCGUCUCAGAACGCAGAAUUGUUCGAGCAGAGAACUCCAGUUCCAGAGAGACCAGCUGUGACAUCAGGCUUUGGUGUACAAGUGCUGUGGAGUUUCACAAUGCUGAAAAUGAGACGACUGCUCCUGGCAUUGUGCACGGUCUGUGCGCUGCUCCCUGCAGUUUCCACUCUGAGGUGUCACUCAUGUACAACCACUGGACCUUGCACAGAAACACCCAAUACCUGCACCAGCGGAGAGCAGCAGUGCCUGACCUCCACCACAAAAGAGAUCUCAGGGGAUUUCUCCACAAUGGUCCACAGAAAGUCCUGCACAUCACCUACAAACUGCCUUACACCAGUGUCCAUAAACUAUGGCUUCACAAGGUCAACUAUCAAUGCUAAAUGUUGUAACACAGAUUUGUGCAACACUGAAACGAUGCCAGCGUAUGAGGACGCUACCCCGUCUGGUUUGGAGUGCUAUGGCUGUGAAACAAUGGACUGCUCCAAUUACAUCACUACAAAGUGCCUUGGCAAUGAAAACCGUUGUACGAUGAUUGUAGCAGGUACUGAAAAUGGAGGGCAGAAAAUACUUAAGGGAUGUGUUUCCAAGAAUGUCUGUGAUGCUGUACAUGAAUAUAAGUGCUGUGAGGGCAAUCUGUGUAACGGAGCCCCCAUGGUCGGGCAGAAUAUCCUGCUGCUGCUGCUUCCACUUCUAACUUUCAAGCUGCUGUUUUAAACCAGGGCUGCCCUCUGAUGGACAACGCUGGUCCUGGAGAGUCCUCUAGUAUCGCAGGUCCUUCUGCAUCUCUAAAUUAUCAAUAAAUAAAAUACCUGCUGAUCCCUACUAAUCAAGUCAUUCAAAUCUUAAGUUGCCUUGUUCUAGUUUAUAUGU